AUGGUCGUUAGGAAGCUGCUGAGCGUGGAGGAAUGGGCGGGUCUCGUUCGAUCUUGCAAGAGCGUCUCGCAGCUCCGGAGCGUCCACGCUCUCAUCACCGCUCGCCACACUCUCUUCAAGGGGAACGCCGGGAUAUAUCUCUCCAAUGUGCUCAUCCAGAUGUAUGGCCGCUACGACAGCGUCGACGACGCGAUCCAGGUGUUCGACUCCAUCGCCCUCAAGAACAGCCACUCGUGGACGAUGAUGCUCGCCGCUUGCGUCCACAACCAGCGCUUCGUGGAGGCGACGCUCAUCUUCCGGAAAAUGCCCGACCCGGACACUGUCUCGGGGGCGGUGAUGAUCGGGGUCUUCUCGCGCCGGGGAAUGGCCGACGAGGCCAAACGCACAUUCGAUCGAGUGCCCAAGAACGUCGUGUCGUGGAACACUCUCGUCGCGGUGUAUGCCCAGAGAAGGCAUCUGGAGGAGAUGGAGAUCCUGGCGGAGAGAAUGCCGAUGCACGACGGGGUCACCUGGGCCACCAUGAUCGCCGCCUACAACCAGCUCGGCCUCGCAGCCACUGCCAAGGCGAUGUUUGACUCAGUUCCCGAGAGAAGCCCACAGUCUUGGACGAGCAUGCUCGUCUCCAUCGCACAAUCCGGCGAUCUCGACCAGGCCAAAACCAUGUUUGACGAGAUGCCGGGCCGAGACGUGGUGGCGUGGACCGCGCUCCUCGCCGCCUCCGCCCACGCCGCUCACCUCCGCCACGCAAAAGCCCUGUUUGAUCGAAUACCCAUGCGCGACAUGGCCGUGUGGGCCGCCAUGCUCGUGUCGUACGGCCGGCACGGGUUGGUCAACGCUGCCCGCGACCUCUUCCUGGAUAUGCCGUCGCAGGACGAGUACACGGUCAACGCGAUGCUCGUGGCAUAUGCCCAGAACGGGCAGGUGCCGCAGGCGAAGGCCAUGUUUGACUGCGGCAUGCCGCGGCGCGACGUGGUAGCGUGGAAUGCGCUCUUUGCGGCGUAUGCCCAGGCAAGGGAUACACGUGGCGCGCUCUCCAUGUUCCAGCGCAUGCCCAUGUGGGACGUGCUUACGUGGAAUACCAUGCUGGCAGCCCAUGCCCGCGAAGGGGAUGUUGGCGCCGCCGGCGGCUUCUUUGCGGGAAUGCCCGCGCAGGACAUUCUGGCGUGGAAUACCCUCCUGGGGGCGUACGGAGAUAGUGGCCAUUUCUCCCUCGCCCUCCAGGCCUUCCAGCUCAUGGCGCACCAUGGUGUACGGCCCGACGACGUGACGUUCCUGUGCUUGCUGCUCGGCUGCAACCACGGCGGUACCGUGGCUACCGCGCGGUGCGUGUUCCUGGACAUGGUUCGCGACCACGGCAUACCGCCCAUUAAGCUUCACUACAGCUGCUUGGUGGAUGCAUUGGGACGAUCUGGGCACUUGGAAGACGCGGAGGACCUGAUUGCGAGCAUGCCCUUCAUGCCGGAUGAUGUGGACUGGCACUGCUUGCUCGCGGCUUGCAAAAUUCACAGCGACCGCGAGAGGGCGACUCGAGCAGCGCGUCAUGCCGUUGGAAUCGGGGAAAGCGAUCCCGCGCAUUACGUGCUCUUCGCGAGUAUGCUCCGGACCAAGCAGCACGUCACUCUUGAUUGCGAUUGA